CAACAAUGGGUCGCUUCACCACCUCCCUCGCUGCAGCAGUCUUUGCGACGGGCGCAGUAUCGCAAGACUUCAACGUCCUCCAGCACCUUGGAGGAAAUGGUCAAUGGUUCCCUGGCCCAGAAGUCACAGGGAUCUCCUCCACUACACCCCCAGGAUGCACCGUUGAACUCGCCGCCUUCGUCUCUCGCCACGGGAGUCGCUAUCCCGACCAGGGCGCCUACAACGGAUGGGUAGACUUUCAAUCCCGUCUCCAAAAUCUCACCACCAACGAUCCAACUCUCGCUUUUCUGUCUACGUGGAAACCUGUGCUCUCCUCCCCUGACCAGCAAAUCGCGCAAAUUUCCCCAACGGGGUACAAAGAGCUGCACGCAAUGGGCUCUUCCUGGCGCCUUCGUUACGCGGAUUUGUAUGAUUAUGAGAGUCCGUUUAGCAUGUGGGCGAACUGGUAUAAUUCGUCGCCCAGAGUAAGAGAUAGCGCUAGAUUGUUUGCGCAGGGGUUCUUAGGUCCGAAUGCGACGGAGCUGGGGACCGUGUAUGCUUUGAACGCGAGCGAUCCAAGGAGUUGGAUGAACUCGUUGGGCACGAGUGAUUUGUGUCCCAAGUAUGCGGAUAAUGGAGGGAGCCCGUACACGGACGUUUGGGCUGCGAAUUACCUCCCUCAGAUUGCCGAGAGGUUGAAUGGGUUGGUUGACGGGUAUGAGUUUACAAACGAUGAUGUUUCGAGCAUGCCUUACCUCUGUGGAUUCGAAACGCAGAUUACGGGGAGACGGAGUCCGUUCUGCGAUAUCCUAACUGAGGAAGAAAUCCUGGGAUAUGAGUACGCGCAAGACCUGCGCUAUUGGUAUGGUGCUGGGUUGGGAUCGGAAGUGGGGAAAUACACAAUGCUUCCUGUUCUCGCGGGCCUUGUGGAGCGUUUCGUCGACGGGCCGAAUGCGACAUACACUACAUCCUCCAACACCACGUUCACCCCAUCGAAAGUUAUCGCAGGAUUCGCGAACGACGGACAGAUCAACCAACUCAUCGCCGCAUCGGGAAUCUUCGACAACGAGCCCGCGCUCUCCGCGAACACUUCCAACCCGGACCGCAUGUUCAGAGCUAGUCGUUUCAUUACUAUGCGAGGAACCAUAUCCUUCGAGCGCCUCUCAUGCGCUGCUCCUGCUUCCAACUCGACUACAUAUACCUCUUCCACCAACAACACGACCCCCGGCACAGAGACAUACAUCCGACUUCUACUUAACGACGUCGUAUACCCUGUUGCGAACUGCGCGGACGGUCCCGGCUCGUCGUGCGCUUUGACUGAGUAUCAAAGCAUCGUACAGGGAAAGAUGGAUGCGGUAGGCGAUUUCAAGGAAAUGUGUAAUGCGACGAAUGAGGAGUGGGAUAGUAGGCCGAUUGCUUCGUUUUGGAGGGAUGACACGUUGGCGUGGGGAAAUGUUGUCAAGCCUUGA